UUUCUUUUGCAGGCGUAGUAUUUGACCAAAAUACAGAAGAAAUUCAGAAUGCUUUCAAGUUUGCGAUGUUGCAACACUCCAAUAAUGCGAACAAAUCCAACCUGGACUUUCAGCUCUAUGUUGAUAUUAUCAACACGGCCGACGCCUUCAAACUGUCACGACUCAUAUGUAAUCAAUUUGCACGAAGCGUAGUUGCUAUGCUGGGUGCAGUUGCUCCGGAUUCAUUCGACACCUUGCAUUCUUACGCUAAUACCUUCCAAAUGCCGUUUGUCACGCCGUGGUUCCCCGAAAAGGUGAUCCCACCAUCUUCUGGGCUCAAUGACUAUGCUGUCAGCUUACGUCCCGACUACCACCGCGCAGUCAUUGCUACCAUCACUCAUUACGGUUGGAAGCAAGUUAUUUACAUCUAUGAUUCUCAUGACGGAUUACUGCGUCUGCAGCAGCUGUACCAGAGCCUGCAACCUGGCAAGGCAUCGUUCCGCAUAACAAACGUGAAACGAGUGUCCAAUGCAUCCGAUGUUGUGGAGUUUCUUCGUGCUAUCGAAAAACUGGACCGCUGGAGCAACAAAUAUGUUGUACUUGAUUCUACCACUCAGCUUGCAAAAGCCGCACUAAUUAUGCACGUACGGGAUGUGCACCUUGGCCGUAGGAACUAUCAUUACUUCCUAAGCGGACUGGUUAUGGACGACCGAUGGGAGAAAGAAGUUACUGAAUAUGGUGCUAUCAACAUCACUGGAUUUCGUUUACUGGAUUUUUCCCGAAAAGUAGUGCGUGACUUUAUUGACGCCUGGAAAAGGGAGACAAUUUCCGCGCAGGCUGCUCUUACUUACGACGCAGUGCAGGUGUUAAUUGACGCUAUCCUUCGCCUGGUACGAAAAAAGCCCGAGUUCGUACGUGCAACCAUGCGACGUGCGAGCCAAAAUAAUACAAACAAAUCUAUGGACUGUAACCCGAAAAACAAAUUCAUUCCGUUUGAACACGGCGAGAAGAUAUCUCGUAUGAUCAGAAAGACGGAGAUUGUUGGAAUAACGGGCAACAUACGAUUCAAUGACAUAGGACACCGCAAGAACUUCACGCUUCAAGUUAUGGAACUCACGGAAGACGGUGACAUGACAAAGGUGGCAACUUGGUCGGAUAAUAAAGGGUUCGUGCCUGUCAUCCCUAAGAAGUUGGCCCGUACCAUAACUGGAACCUAUGAUCGAAAUAAAACUUAUAUUGUGACCACUAUCGAGGAACCACCCUACAUCAUACGCAAUGACCCUGAUAACCCUGAGUAUGACCCCGAAGAACCAUUUACUGGAUUUUGCGCAGAGCUCACAAAAAUGUUGUCUGAAAAAAUGGAAAUCAACUAUCGUAUUAAGGUGGUGAGGGAUGGAAAGUAUGGCAGCGAAAAUCCAAAGGCACCUAACGGCUGGGACGGAAUGGUGGGCGAGCUUUUGAGAAAGGAAGCGGACAUAGCCAUCGCUCCACUGACUGUGACUUUAGAACGCGAAGCAGUCAUUGAUUUUAGCAGGCCUUUCCUGUCUUUCGAUCUUAAACCUACUAAGAAUACGGCGAACUCUACCGGUGCUAUAUUUAGCUUCCUUCAACCACUGUCCAUGGAAAUAUGGAUCUCGAUCCUCUGCAGCCUUUUCGCCGUAAGCGUGGUUUUAUUCAUCGUUUCUCGAUUCUCGCCUUAUGAGUGGCGUGUUGUCUCUUUCACUGAUUCUCAUUCUGAUCAUUCGGAUGUAUCUACUACAAAGACCACCGUGGUGAACGAAUUUAGCUUUUGGAAUUCUAUGUGGUUCUCGCUCGGGUCCUUUAUGCAGCAAGGCAGCGACAUUAACCCCAGGUCCAUAUCGGGAAGAAUUGUGGGCUGCGUGUGGUGGUUUUUUGCAUUAAUCGUAAUUUCGUCAUACACAGCAAACUUAGCUUCAUAUCUGACUCUAUCUCGUAUUGCGGAACCAGGUGCAUCUUAUACUAAACUUGCUACGUGUCCCGAGGAUACUAUUGACGUACCGAAAGUUGUACCAACAACUGAAUCUCCUGAAAAGGUUACGGACGAGCAUGGUUGGCUUGCCUUCAUUAUGGAUCGCCCAACUGCGGCACCUGAUGAUAAACCAUGCGAAAUGGUAGUUACUUUGACACAUUCAGGAUACAAGGACUUUGCUGUUGGUAUCCCUAAGGGAUCCCAGCUGCGAGACGGCGUAAAUAUGGCAUUGCAAUCCCUGAAAGAGGAAGGUGAGAUUUCGAGGCUGGUACGCAAAUGGUUUACCAAAUCUGAGUGCGACCAUUCGGACAAUGACAAGGGAUCCGAGCUGACUCUGAGCCAAGUGGCUGGGUUGUUCUACGUUUUGGUUGGAGGUCUGUCUCUAGCUAUGGGUGUUGCCUUAAUUGAGUUUUGCCGACAUGGUCGCUCAGAGGCUGCUCGUGCCAAUGUACCGCUACGCGACGCUCUACGUGCUAAGGCUCACCUGGGCAACACUGAACGUAAGGGACAAUCACAACGUGCUGCAAACCGUGAUAAUGAACGUCUUGGAUGGAACGGAGGAGCUUUCGGAAGCCAGUACUACAGCCCGGCCAACCAGAUCGGCCAGGAGGAGACGGCGCUACAUUCCAGCUUCACACAAGUCUGA